UUGCAUUCACGUCCGCUUUCGACCUGCCCUCUUUUCCAAGUUUUAGACGACCUGCAUGACACAUGAGACGCAUUAGCCGCUCAGCAAUUCAACGUAAAUCAGUCGCUCUCUUAUUGCACGCGUAUAUACGCGCAUUAAACGCAUACUCGGAGCCGUACGUGUGACAUACGCACAAGUGUAAUUAUAAUACAUUGAAAAUCGAGCGGAUCUGCCGGACGAACGAACGAGUAAACGUACAACGACAUAGUCGUCGUCGUAGUCGUCGUAGUCGUCGUCAUCGUCAUCGUCGUCAGUUGUUCGUUGAAGCGCGCGUUUGUACGCUCUCACCUGUAGUCCGUCGUUUCAUUAAUUCGGCUCGUGUGCCACGGAUAUAGACGAGCGCGACGUUGGCUCUCAGUAUUUAAACGCGCGGUGAAACGCGCACAACCAAGCGAGGUAUCCUCAUCAUCUUGCAAGAUGCAACCACGAGGUAUUUCCGGGGACUCACUGGUGUCCCUCAUACUUAAUAUUUUUCUGAUAUUACUGCUGGCGAUUGGUCAACCUGGUGCAAUGGCGAGUAGCGAAGGAGACGUGGAACUGACCGACGAAAGGUUCAAUGGCGUGCCGUAUCCAGACAGAUAUUAUCUUCCGUUCUUUAAACACCCGAAUAUUCGUAAAACGUUUUUGCAGAAAAACAUGAGGCCUUGGACCCAUAUUUCGCAGGAACCAGAGUCACUGCAAGUUUCCGUGGGGAGUCGCGUGGAAUUGCGAUGCGUGGCAGCUGGAAAUCCGCCGCCCCGGAUCUACUGGUUCAGCGGGCCAGAGGCUGAGAGACAGAUCCGCGAUAUGAUAACACGGGUUCGGGAAGAGGGUAAUGUCGUACCUGCAGAAUGGGAAGGGCUCGGUGAGUUGAAUUCCACAUAUGUGAUCGAUUGUGUGAAGCCCGAAGAUGCAGGUUACAGAUACUGUGUGUCCGUGUCUAACGAUAAAGUAGCGUACUCGCAGCCGUCGUUACUCUUGGUUGAUGGAUCCAGGAACGCCAUAACCAGGACCGAGGAAUGCCAUAACCAGCCCAGCAUCACCCUGAACACUGCGUGGAAACUCGCUAUUCAGGGGAGUACGGUGGUUCUACCAUGCAGGGUUGAAGGCCAGCCCACGUCAUACGUAUCUUGGCUGGACAACAUGAGUAACAGAAUCGGUACGUCAGCGUUUGCGAGGCACGCUGUGAUGCCGAACGGCGAUCUGCGGAUCAAGAAUCUUCAGUGGGAAGACAUGGGCGCGUACACCUGCAGGUUGCAAUCGAACAAUAUGGACAAGAGCGUGGUGUCGUUCGUGUACCCCUUAAAAAAGCAGGCAUGAGUAAGAAUAAACCUCCUCAUGUGGAAGGGUUCCAAGGAUCUCUGCGCUUCUCAUAUGCCUGUCGCUGUAAAUGUGCGGGGGUGUGAAUAAUAUUCAUCCCACUCAUUCAUUUAUAUAUAUUGCUAUGUAACUAAAUAGAACGUAGUUUAUAUAAUUGUAUAGGAGAUACGUAUUAAGUACUUAUUUCUUUGUUAACACUUACGACACCAGUGCUGCUUCAUCCUCGUAAACUCGAUAUCACAAGCGGCGAGUUUACAUCCCACGUCGGAUCGGCGCACGACGAGUAUUUUAUUUUUUCUUUCGAAUCUGCAUUUAAGUUUGCAGGCGGAUUUAAGGAAGUUUUAAUAAACGCAACUUAUAUCUGCGCUUAUGUAAAAUUCUUCGUUUCCCUCUGUCAUCGUUGCCUGUCACAGAAACCGUAAAUAUAGAUUUUUGCUAUGGACAUAAAUAUAUCUUUCUCUCUUAAUUUA